GAAAAAGGCCUCGUUCUUCGUCUUCGUCUCUGCAUGUCCAGCCCACUACUAGUUACAAUCCUAGAGAGAGAAACAACAAAACUUUUAGAGAGAGAAAGUUUGUGAACGAGCACGAAGACGAACAACAUUAUAUACACUUCAUCUACACAAAAUUACACACAAAUUUAUAUUUGUAUGAUUAUUUGUAUGUUAUAUUGAUAGGGCGCGAAGGAGUUUAUUUAAAGGUUGAUGUUAAUUAGGGCUAAUUUGUUGUUUUAAUUGGGGCAAAACCCUAGAAAUAUAUACGGGGAUUAAGCUGCGAUUUUCUCGACGUAUUGUCACAAUUGAGGAACCACAUUAAGGUUAAAAAGAUGGGACCAGAAUUCUCUUAAGAGUUGUGAGGAAUGCAUGAAUGUAGUCCAGAACUUCCUGUUUCUGUCAAUGCUUGUAUAGAUUCUAUGGGAGUUGUUGUAAACCACAAAGGUGGUGUUAGUAAUGACCUUUCUUCAAAUCAAACAGACAUCGAGGAGACAAAAGUAGAACUAAGUCAGCAUUAUGUUUGUUACGAGCAAGCAAGAAGACAGUUGGAGUUUCUUGAGCAAGGUGGUGAUCCUCUGGACUUUAGAACUGGGACUGAGAAUGCCGCUUCACUUAGUGUUCAGUCUACUUCCUUGACAGAUCAACAUCCUGAGCAGUUUGUGAUCAGUGAAACAAAAGGUAGUUUUGCAUUGGCUGCUUCACCUCCAGGGGAUUCUGACGAAAGUAGUGGUAGACCUAGAGCUCCUUCGGUGAAUGACCCUAAUAGUGCUGAUAAUCUUAUGCUAUUUAUCAAGGAGAAUGGUAUUCCCAAAGGUGAAAGAAGUUUGUUACGAUCCAGUCGGGGUACUGUUGGUCCUUUUGAACAGUCUUCACAGUUGGUCGGAGGUCAACAUGCCAAAGAAUCAGAUGAGUCUACUGCAUUUGGGCUCCCAAAGAAAGCGUAUGAGCGAAGGAACAGAUCACGUCCAAACCGUGUUGUAGUUCGAUCAAAUUCUACAGAUGUUAUGUCAUCUUCAAGCGCUCGUACUGCUUUAUCUUCUCUUCAUGUGCCUAAGGUGGUAAAAGGGACAGUUGAUGCGGACAACCAGAAGGACCAUAUGAUUUCUUCAAAUUCAAAUAUGAAUCCAACAAGUCCAAAUUGUAUCAUUAUUCCCAAGGAAGAACCGUAUAAGCUCCAGAUAGAUAUGGAAUUGGAUGGGGGAAAUGCUGCAGAAUCAACUGUUGCCCAGCCCAAUGUAGGUCUUACUAAUGCCCAGAUAGAUCGUAGUGCUUCAGAAAAUAUGCAAGACAGCCGACACAAUCAAAUUAUGGAAUUUGAGUUUCAGAGAACUCAGAAUGAAACGGUUCUCUCAAAACCUGAAUCUCAAGCGGGAAGUGAACAGAUCUCUGUAGGUCAGGAAUGUGACCCAUCUCUUAAUAUAGCUAAUAAUGAAGUUCAAGACACUUGUAGUCUAAUCAAUAGGUUUGGUGGGAGUAUAGGUGAUGGAAAAGAUCCAUUAAAUGAAAUCGGUAAUAAGAAUGGAGUACUUGAGGCGAAGGGUUCAGAUUUGGAAACAUCUGGCUCCAAAGCUGGUCUUCAGGUAAAUGGAAUUGUAGAUAAUGAAAUUCUUACCAACUUAAAAAGUAUUGGCUCAAAUGGAUGUACUAAAGAAGAUGCUUUAGAAUCUGGGGAGCCAACAAACAUGGAAAGUACCAAGUCAGCUGAGGAUAACAAUGUUACCAAAGUUGACAAUAUAUGUGAUGCUGCCAAUGUCAACAACAGUUCCUGUCACAGCCAAGAAAUUGGUUCCUUGUUAAGAGACGAGGAAGCCUUAAAUGAAAAAGUAUCUAAUUCAGAAAGUAAGGCUAAAAAUCUCAUGGUCAUUGAGGGGAAUGAACAAGUAGAAACUUCUUUUUUAGAGAACGAGAGAAUGCCCGGCAAUGUUAUAGAUUCUAAUCACCUCAAUGGAAACAAAGAUACUCAUACUGGUAGACUUCAUUGUUCCAUAGAUACAUGUGUUCCAGAGACUCCAGAUGCUAUGUUUCCUCCUAGAGAUUCCUCUAUUUCCCUAGAGCAACAAACUUGUUCUCAGGACUUGAAAUUGGAAACGAAGGCGCGUGAAGAUUCUAUUUUGGAAGAAGCUCGUGUUAUAGAGGCUAAACGUAAGAGAAUUGCAGAGUUAUCUGUUUAUACAUUAUGUGUGGAGAGUCGCCGAAAAUCUCAUUGGGAUUUUGUCCUUGAGGAGAUGGCAUGGUUGGCAAAUGAUUUUGCACAGGAGCGACUUUGGAAGACAAGUGCUGCUGCUCAAAUAGGUUGUCAAGCUGCAUCUGCUGCGCGAUUAAAAUUUGAAGAACAAAAACAAGUCACCCGCAGAUUGGCCAAAGCUGUUAUGGAUUUUUGGUGUUUGGUAGAGGAGAUGAGCAAAGAGCAGGAGAUGAGCAAAGAGCGGGAGUUUCAAAAGCCUGGCAAUGAUUUUGGACAUGCAGUUCAGGGAUAUGCAUUGAGAUUUCUACAAUAUAAUAGCUCCACUGUUCAAUAUGUCCAAGCAGAAGUAGCUGCUACUCCUAUUAUAUCCAAUUUGGGUGUUGUGGACAUGUCAUGGAAAGAUCACUUAACAGAAGAGAACCUCUUUUAUUCAGUUCCUGCUGGUGCAAUGCAAAUCUACAAGAAAUCUAUCGAAUCCUACUUACUGCAAUUGGAGAAAACUGGCAUUUGCAUGCAAGAAGAAGUGGAGACAUCUGGUUAUGAUGCCGUGGCAGAUUAUGAUUCCCGAGAGAACGCCUUGGAAGAGGAUGAAGGAGACGCAAACACAUUUUAUUUGCCUGGAGCCUUUGUGAACAGCAGGCCAUCUAAACUGGAGCAGAAAAAAAAGAGACAUUUAAUAAAGGGAUUUGCAGCUAAAUCAUAUGACAUGGUAUCUGAUUCACCAUUUAUGCAAUCCAAUGAAAACAAAUCCGGAAACCAUCGAUCUGUUUUAACUGGAAAAAGGACCUCCGACGCUGAUAAUGGCUCAAUUCCAACAAAGCGAAUGCGAACAGCUUCACGGCAGAGAGUUUUAAGUCCUUUUAAUGCAGGAGCUCACGGCUGUCUUCAGGCACCAAGCAAGACAGAUGCUUCUAGUGGUGAUACGAACUCUUUUCAAGAUGAUCAGAAUGUUUUGCAUGGUGGAUCCGUUGUGCUCAAUAAUAUGGAGGUGGAGUCUGUACGUAACUUUGAUAGGCAACCACAAUUCGACUCUGAAGUAUCACAUAGACCUAAAAAGAAAAAGAAGACAAAAAAUUUGGGUUCAACAUAUGAGCACAAUUGGAGGUCUAAUUCCAAUUUCCAGGAUGAGCAGAGAGAUAGUUAUAAAAGGAGAUCGGAGAGUCAUCAGUUUGAAUCAAAUGGAACCAAUGGUUUAUAUGGUCAUCAUAUUGGUAAAAAACCAAAGUUAAUUAAGCAGUCACUGGAUAAUUCGAUUGACAAUGUCGCUCCUGUGAAUUGUUCACUCUCUUCCCCUGUGGCUUCCCAAAUGAGUAACAUGCCUAACCCAAAUAAGUUUAUCAAAAUGCUGGGUGGCCGGGACCGGGGUAGGAAAAUGAAAGGACUGAAGACAGCAUCUGGACAGACAGGUCCGGGAACUUCAUGGUCACUGUUUGAAGACCAGGCCCUUGUUGUUCUCGUCCAUGACAUGGGUCCGAACUGGGAUCUCGUCAGUGAUGCUUUUAACAGCACUUUGAAAUUCAAGUGCAUAUUCCGCAACCCUAAAGAAUGCAAGGAGCGUCACAAGGUUGUAAUGGAUAGCCCUGGUGGCGAGGGGGCGGAUAGUGCUGAUGAUUCAGGGUCAUCUCGACCAUAUCGCUCUACUUUACCUGGAAUCCCAAAGGGUAGUGCGAGACAGUUGUUUCAACGUUUGCAGGGACCAAUGGAAGAGGAUACUAUCAAAUCACAUUUAGAAAAAAUUACAGCAAUUGGGAAAAAACAGCAUCAUAGAAGGGCACAGGAUCCAAAGCAUCUCCAGCAACCCCACAAUUCUCAUACAUAUGCGCUGUCUCAAGUCUGCCCAAAUAACUUGGAUGGAGGGCCUGUCCUGACGCCUCUUGAUCUGUGCGAUGCAACUGCUUCCAGUCCAGAUGUUCUUUCCCUCGGUUAUCAAAGCCCUAAUGCUAGUAUGUUACCAAAUUCAAAUCAGGGUAAUGUUGCACCAAUGCUUCCUGCUUCUGGUGUGACAUCCACAAGUGCUGUUCCUGGGAGUAAUUUCUCGUCAGCAUCUAGUCAAAUCAAUGCUUCUGUUAGGGAUGGUAGACCUGGCAUCGCGAAAUCUGUAUCUAUAUCAACUGAUGAGCAGCAGAGACUGCAACAGUACAGUCAAAUGAUAUCUGGUAGAAACUUUCAGCAGUCCAAUAUGCCUGUUUCUGGGGUACAUCCAGGAACUGAUCGUGGUGUUCGCAUGCUAAGUAGUGGUAAUGGUGUCGGCUCUCCUAAUGGAUUGAAUAGAAGCAUGCAGAUGCAGAGACCAGGACUUCAAGGUGUUGCCUCAUCAAACAUGGUUGGUCCUGGCAGCAUGCAUCCCUCUGGCAUGAUGGCAGUGCCAAACCCUGUUAAUAUUCACUCCAGUCCUGGUGCUGGUCAAGGAAACUCUAUGAUGAGACCUCAUGAUCCUAUGCAUAUGAUGCGGGUGAGCUUACAAGGAGUAUUGAAGAUCUGGAUCAUGGCAUGUCCUAUCUUCAGAUGGUAUCAUAUAUUAGACGAGGAUUCCAAGCCUACUCAGAACGUGGAACAUCAAAGGCAGAUGAUGAUUCCGGAGCUUCAGAUGCAGGUUUCACAGGGAAAUAGCCAAGGAAUAACUCCAUAUGGUGGAUUAAAUUCCUCGUUCUCUAAUCAGUCGGCUGCCCCUUCUGUCCCAUCAUACCCACUCCAUCACCAGCAGCUGCAUCCAAUGUCAACCCAACACUCGCAUGUGCUUACUAAUUCUCAUCAUCCGCAUCUUCGAGGACCGAACCUUGCAAGCAACGCUCAGCAGCAAGCCCUUGCCAUUCGUAUAGCUAAAGAGAGACAUAUCCAGCAGCAGCGUUUAUUGCAACAGCACCAGCAGCAACAGUUUGCAGCGUCAAAUUCUCUAAUGCCACCUGUCCCAGCACAGCCUCAGCUAGCAGUAUCAUCUCCACAAAAUAGUUCCCAGUCACAAACUAGUUCUCCACAGGUAUCACUACCACCACUGACGACGUCAUCCUCAAUGAGUCCAAUAUCGCAGAUCCAACAGAAACAUCACAUUCCACCACACAGUGUUGCACGGAACCCACGAGUUGGUGGCAGUGGGUCGACCAAUCAAGUGGGCAAGCAGCGGCAGCGGCAUUCUCAGCAACUGCAGUUACAGCAGUCUGGUAGGCAGCACCCCCAACAGCGGCAUCAGUCACAAGUGCAACAUCAGUCACAUUCGCACAAUCAGAAGCAGUUGUCGUCCCAUAUAUCUCAUCAGCCACAACCUCAGCAAGUGUUGUAUUCUGGUCAAACCACGUCAUCAAAGCAGCACCAACAAACUCGUUCUCAUUCUGAAAACAGCAAUCAGAAUCGUGUUUUACCAGUAGCUGGUCUUACAUCUACUUCUGGUCAAGCUGUUCCACCGAACCAGCAGCAGCGCCAACAGUCACAGGCUCUCCCAAAGUUAGUUAAUCAACCUCAGUUAGCUGUUCAAAGAUUGGUUCAACCAAAUCGUCAAGUAACCUCUGACCAGUCAAACAGAGUUCAAGCUAGAGAAACUCACACCAGCCUGCACCCCACUAAUAGUUCAUCUCAAGCUGUUUCAUCUGCUGCAGCUCCUAGCUGUGUUGAUGUGGCUAAUGUAAUGUCAGCUGACUUUUCUGCCAGUACUCCUCAGUUGAAGGCAUUGGAUCAGGUGUCUGAUUCCAGCAUGUCUAAUCCUGCAACACCAAUUGAUUCCGCUGGCACUCCACCUCUCACCAUUGAGUCACUGCCCCCUGUUCGGCCAGGGACAGACCACAUUUACUCUUCAAAUAGCUUGCCCUGCGUAGGUCCUGGUGGUGCUGUACAGUGGUUAGAGGAGCCUGUACAGUUGGAAUCUCUGACGCCACCACCUCCAUUGGAGCAGCAACAAGAGCAUUUGAAACCACAGCAGCAGCAAGAGGAUUCUAAACAAUCCCAAGAACAAUCUCUACUUCUGCAAGAAGUGGGUAAUAGUACUAGUCCUCCUGAACAGUGACAUUAGUGUCUUUUAGCAGAUUGAACAAGUCCUUGGAGCAGCUAGUCCUGCUAUGGUUGUUUCAGCAUGCUUUUUUGCAACAUUUCGUAUGUCUGCUCCAUAUUAGAAAUAGUCCAGCUAGGAUUGCGGUAUUAUGAUAUCAACAGAUGCAAUGUUGGUUGCACAACUUUUGUGAAACAGAGUUGAUGAUUUGCGGCUUUGUGCAGAUGAAGCUCAGAGUUGCUGGCAGGAUUAUGAGACAGGCAGGGGUUAGUAAUUAUUUUGUCUACAGGUCGAUUAGACUUGUUUGAAGGGAUAGGGCGGGAAUCAUCUUCAGGAAUUAUGUACAUUACCAUUACCCUAGAAAUGCGGGAAGACUGAAACCAACAUAGUUGUACUUGUACAGGGUUUCUAUUCCCUUUUUUGGGUAGUUCUCCUUUUUCUCCCUCCCUUCCCAGUCAGGGGCCCUGCUGAUAUGAGGGGCUUAUCACACCCCGCAGGUCAACCCCAUGUAUUAGUAUUAAUUAUUAUGCCGCUGUGUGUAGUUAGAGAUUAGUGAUAUCAUUGUUGUAGUAAAGCUUAAGGAAUUUUUUGUGAAUAUAAAAUCUUUGAGUGACACUGGCCAAUCCAUGCUGUUUAGACUAUCAUUGUCACAUCAAUGUAUUUACUAUAGGUAAUUAAAUGCAGAUUGUUUUCUCGGCAUUUUACAUAAAUAGACCUUGUAAAAAUGUCGGAAUUAUCCCUGGAAUAUUUCUGUUUGAUAUUUGCAGUUAUGAGCAUUAAUGCAAAAGUUUAUGCUUCGCCUUGAUCA